AUGGUGCUCAUCCUCAUCGCUACACUAGUGGUGGCUCAGAUCGUCCUGGUACAGUGGAAGCAGCGCCACAACCGCUCAUACAAUGUGAGUACAGCAGCCGGCGACUGGCUGGGUGGGCUGGAUCCAAAAUGGUGGGUUACAGGAGCCAGCCAAUGUGUAUGACUGAUUUUGCCCCAUCCAGAAACUACACGGGAUAGGUGUAUGUGAUGAAGACAACAAAACGACACACACAACUGACCUUCUUUCUUUCUUUCUUUCUUUCUUUCUUUCUUCUUUCUUUCGUUCUGGUAGUUUCCUUUCUUGUCUGUUUUCUUUCUUUCUGGCUUUAUGUCUUGAUGUCGUGUUCUUACUGUCUUGUAUUUUUUUUUUUAUUCUUUUUUUUUUUUUUUUUUUUCCUUUUUUUUUUCCCCUUUUUUUUCUUUUUUAAACCCCCCCCCCCCCCCUUUUUUUUUUUUUUUUUUUCCUUUUUCUUUUCCCCAAGGAAUGUGGGUGGUGCGUCUAUUUCACUAUAAAAAAUGUAGGUGGAGGUUUUUCUCCAUUUUGGGGAAAGUUCUGUCAUCCCAGCUUUUUGGUCUUCAGAGCUACACGCAAGCCACUCCUUUUAUAACCACGGGGCGCUGUGGGGGGGGUGGGGGUGGGGGGGGGGGGGGGGGGUUAACAAGUCCUGUCGAGACCACGGUGUGGGGGGGUGGGGGGGGUUUAAACCCCUGUCCUGUCAGGACCGGUCGUGGGGGGGGGGGGGGGGGGGUUAACCCGUCCUGUCAGAGCCCCGGUAAAGCUGGAGGGGGGGGGGGGGGGGGGGGGGUUAACCACGUCCGUCGAGACCACGGACGCUGGGGGGGUGGGGGGGGGGUAACCCCUGUCCUGUCAGAGACCCGGUACGGGGGGGGGGGUGAGGGGGGGGGGGUUUUAAACCCCGUCUGUCAGAGCCACGGUACGGUGGGGGGGGGGGGGGGGGGGUUAACCACUGUCCUUCAGAGACCACGGUACGCUGGGGGGGGGGGGGGGGGGGUUAACCCCUGUCCCGUCAGAGACCACGGUACGUGGAGGGGGGGUGAGGGGGGGGGUUAACCAUUCUCGAGGGGCCCCGGACGUGGGGGGGGGGGGGGGGGGGGGGGGUUAACCAUGUCCGUCAGGACCACGGUAGUGGGGGGGGGGGGGGUGGGGGGGGGGGGUUUAACCCGGGCCCGUCAGAGACACGGGAGGGGGGGGUGGGGGGGGGGUAAAAAACGUCGUCAGAGACCACGGUUCGUGGGGGGGGGUGGGGGGGGUUAAACCAUGUUGUCAGAGACCACGGGACGCUGGGGGGGGGUGGGGGGGGGGGGAACCCUGUCCGAGAGACCCCGGUAGCUGGGGGGGGGGGGGUUUGGGGGGGGGGGGGGGUUUAACCCCUGUCCGUCAAGACCACGGUACGGGGGGGGGGGGUGGGGGUGGGGGGGGGUUUAAACCCCUGUCCGUAGAGACCACGGGACGUGGGGGGGGGUGGGGGGGGGGGGGGGGGUUAAACCCCGUCCUGUCAGAGAACCACGGUACGCUGUGGGGGGGUGGGGGGGGGUUAACCACUGUCCUGUCAGAGACACCCGGUACGUGGGGGGGUGGGGGGGGGUUAAACCACUGUCCUGUCAGAGACCACGGUACGCGGGGGGGGUGGGGGGGGGUUAACCCACUGUCUGUCAGAGACCCGGUACGUGUGGGGGGUGGGGGGGGGUUAACCACUGUCCUGUCAGAGACACACGGUACGCUGUGUGGGGGUGGGGGGGGGGGGGGUGGGUUAACACUGUCCUGUCAGAGACCACGGUACGUGGGGGGGGUGGGGGGGGGGUUAACCACUCUCCUGUCGUACACCACGGUACGAUGUGGGGGGGUGGGGGUGGGUUAACCACUGUCCUGUCAGAGACCACGGUACUCUGUGGGGGGUGGGGGGGGGUGUUAACCACUGUCCUGUCAGAGACCACGGUACGAUGUGUGGGGGUGGGGGGUGGGGGGGGGGGUUAACCACUGUCCUGUCAGAGACCACGGUACGCUGGGGGGGUGGUGGGGGGGGGUUAACCACUCUCCUGUCGUACACCACGGUACGCUGUGGGGGGGUGGGGGUGGGUUAACCACUGUCCUGUCAGAGACCACGGUACGCUGGGGGGGUGGGGGGGGGGUUAACCAUGUCCUGUCAGAGACCACGGUUACGCUGGGGGGGUGGGGGGGGGGGUUAACCACUGUCCUGUCAGAGACCACGGUACGUGUGGGGGGGUGGGGGGGGUUUUAACCACUGUCCUGUCAGAGACCACGGUACGCUGUGUGGGGGUGGGGGGGGGUUAACCACUGUCCUGUCAGAGACCACGGUACGCUGGGGGGGGGGGGGGGGGGUUAACCACUUCCUGUCGUACACACGGUACGCUGUGGGGGGGUGGGGGUGGGUUAACCACUGUCUGUCAGAGACCACGGUACUCUGUGGGGGGGGGGGGGGGGGGGUAACCACUGUCCUGUCAGAGACCACGGUACGCUGUGUGGGGGUGGGGGGGGGGGUUAACCACUGUCCUGUCAGAGACCACGGUACGCUGGGGGGGUGGGGGGGGGGGUUAACCACUCUCCUGUCGUACACCACGGUACGCUGUGGGGGGGGUGGGGGUGGGUUAACCAUGUCCUGUCAGAGGACCACGGUACUCUGUGGGGGGGUGGGGGGGGUUAACCACUGUCCUGUCAGAGACCACGGUACGCUGGGGGGGGGGGGGGUGGGGGGGGGGGGGGUUAACCAACUGUCCUGUCAGAGACACACGGUACGCUGGGGGGGGGUGGGGGUGGGGGGGGGUUAACCACUGUCCUGUCAGGUAGAGACCACGGUACGCUGGGGGGGUGGGGGUGGGGGGGGGGGGGGUUAACCAUUGUCUGUCAGAGACCACGGUACGCUGUGGGGGGGGGUGGGGGGGGGGUUAACCACUGUCCUGUCAGAGACCACGGUACGCUGGGGGUGGUGGGGGGGGGGUAACAUGUCCUGUCAGAGACACGGUACGCUGGGGGGGUGGGGGGGGGUUAACCUUCUGUCAGAGACCACGGUACGCUGGGGGGGUGGGGGUGGGGGGGGGUUGGUUAACCAUGUCCUGUCAGAGACCACGGUACGCUGUGGGGGGGUGGGGGUGGGGGGGGGGGGGGGUUAACCAUUGUCCUGUCAGAGACCACGGUACGCUGUGGGGGGGUGGGGGUGGGGGGGGGGGGUUGGUUAACCAUUGUCCUGUAGAGACACACGGUACGCGGGGGGUGGGGGGGGGUUAACCACUGUCCUGUCAGAGACCACGGUACGCUGGGGGGGGGGGUUAACCACUGUCCUGUCAGAGACCACGGUACGCUGGGGGGGUGGGGGUGGGGGGGGGUUAACAAUGUCUGUCAGAGACCACGGUACGCUGUGGGGGGGUGGGGGUGGGGGGGGGUUAACCACUGUCCUGUCAGAGACACGGUACGGGGGGGGGGGGGGGGGGUUGGGGUUAACCAUUGUCCUGUCAGAGACCACGGUAGCUGGGGGGGGGUGGGGGUGGGGGGGGGUUAACCACUGUCCUGUCAGAGACCACGGUACGCUGGAGGGGGGGGGUGGGGGUUAACCACUGUCUGUCAGAGACCACGGUACGCUGUGGGGGGGUGGGGGGUGGGGGGUUAACCACUGUCCUGUCAGAGACCACGGUACGCUGUGGGGGGGUGGUGGGGGGGGGUUUAACCACUGUCCUGUCAGAGACCACGGUACGCUGGAGGGGGGGGGGGGGGGUUAACCACUGUCUCGUCAGAGACCACGGUACGCUGGGGGGGGGGGGGGGUGGGGGGGGGUUAACCACUGUCCUGUCAGAGACCACGGUACGCUGGGGGGGGGGGGUUAACACUGUCCUGUCAGAGACCACGGUACGCUGUGGGGGGGGGUUAACCACUGUCCUGUCAGAGACCACGUUACGCUGUGGGGGGGGGGUUAACCACUGUCCUGUCAGAGACCACGGUACGCUGUGGGGGGGGGGGGUUAACCAAUGUCCUGUCAGAGACCACGGUACGCUGGGGGGGGGGGGGGGGGGGGUUAACACUGUCCUGUCAGAGACCACGGUACCGUGGGGGGGGGGUGGGGGUGGGGGGGGUGGGGGGGGUUAACCACUGUCCUGUCAGAGACCACGGUACGCUGGAGGGGGGGGGUGGGGGUGGGGGGGGGUUUAACCACUGUCCUGUCAGAGACACCGGUACGCUGGGGGGGUGGGGGGGGGUUAACCACUGUCCUGUCAGAGACACGGUACGCUGUGGGGGGGGUGGGGGUGGGGGGGGGGGUUAACCACUGUCCUGUCAGAGACCACGGUACGCUGGGGGGGUGGGGGUGGGGGGGGGGGUUAACCACUGUCCUGUUCAGAGACCACGGUUACGCUGGGGGGGUGGGGGUGGGGGGGGGUUAACCACUGUCCUGUCAGAGACCACGGUACGCUGGAGGGGGGGGGGGGGGGGGGAUUAACCAGGUCCUGUCAGAGACCACGGUACGCGUGGAGGGGGGGGGUGGGGGUGGGGGGGGUUAACCACUGUCCUGUCAGAGACCACGGUAAGCUGGAGGGGGGGGUGAGGGGUCAUUAACUGUGUGUGUGUGUGUUUCAGGAUGGUGUAUAAAUGGUUUCUGUUGAUCUAUAAGCUGAGCUAUGCAGUGGGAGUGAUUGGAUACCUGGCCAUCAUGUUCACAAUGUUCGGCUUUAACGUCUUCUUCAGGUGAGUGUCAGAACGGCACACUAGCGAUUAGAGCUAUUUGAGGUCAGUUCGGUUUCGGUUGGAUUAUCAACAAAUAAUCAUGGAUUUCUUUUGAACAUUAAAUGCACGAUUCAUUAUGUGGGUUGAAAGCUGUAACACAGUCUAAAACAAUAAAAGUCCCAUGGUGGUAGUGAAUUACUGCUUAUCACUUAUUAACCAUCAGUUAUUCACAUUACUUUACUUCAAUACAUCAGUUGGUGUAUCUGAUAACUUCAUCAUCUCAUCUCUACAGAGCUGCUGUCUGACUAAAUCACUAUUUUAGUAGUUUCUUCAAAGUAAAUAAGGCAGGCUUUUAUGACUGCUGAAUACCAACUAUCAAUCACUUAGAUCAUGUGUUUUCUGGUAGAGACACCUCGCCAAGCAACAGCUGUUCUCUGAAUCACCUGACGAUCCUGCGUUCUUCUCUCUUCUGUAGCAGGCGUGAAAGAAACACAGACCGAACAAGUAGAUGCGCAAUGAAUUAUGGUUAUUGUAGUUAAUGACCACGUUUUAUGUGCUUAACUGUGUAGAAUAUUGGCCUGUUGGAAACUACAAGUCCCUACUACAUGGCACAGUUCAGGCUGGAUGUGAGCUCACAGAAAAAAAACUAAUGAAAUGGAAUUCUAAUAAUUGAACCUGAUGUUGGUCAAUAUUUUUUUUUUUUUUAAUUUUACAUAAAAAAUAACCAACAUUUCGGUUAAUCGCUCAGCACUAACCACACACACACACACACACACACACACACACACACACACACUUUAAAUAAACUUGCUUUGGCGUGCGUCUGAAAUGGUACCUGACCCACCCUAUUCCCUAAAUAGUGACCAGAGCUCUAUGGGUGCCAUUUUGGAACAAAACCUAUUUAUGUUUGUGUUGUGAUGUAGGAUCAAGGCUGAGGACUCUAUGGAUGUGUUGUGAUGUUGGAUCAAGGCUGAGGACUCUAUGGAUGUGUUGUGUGUUGGAUCAAGGCUGAGGACUCUAUGGAUGUGUGUUGUGAUGUAGGAUCAAGGCUGAGGACUCUAUGGAUGUGUUGUGAUGUAGGAUCAAGGCUGAGGACUCUAUGGAUGUGUUGUGAUGUAGGAUCAAGGCUGAGGACUCUAUGGAUGUGUUGUGAUGUAGGAUCAAGGCUGAGGACUCUAUGGAUGUGUUGUGAUGUAGGAUCAAGGGCUGAGGGACUCUAUGGAUGUGUUGUGAUGUAGGAUCAAGGCUGAGGACUCUAUGGAUGUGUUGUGAUGUAGGAUCAAGGCUGAGGACUCUAUGGAUGUGUUGUGAUGUAGGAUCAAGGCUGAGGACUCUAUGGAUGUGUUGUGAUGUUGGAUCAAGGACUGAGGACUCUAUGGAUGUGUUGUGAUGUAGGAUCAAGGCUGAGGACUCUAUGGAUGUGUUUGUGAUGUAGGAUCAAGGCUGAGGACUCUAUGGAGGUGUUGUGAUGUAGGAUCAAGGGUGAGGACUCUAUGGAUGUGUUGUGAUGUAGGAUCAAGGCUGAGGACUCUAUGGAUGUGUUGUGAUGUAGGAUCAAGGCUGAGGACUCUAUGGAUGUGUUGUGAUGUAGGAUCAAGGCUGAGGACUCUAUGGAUGUGUUGUGAUGUAGGAUCAAGGCUGAGGACUCUAUGGAGGGUGUUGUGAUGUAGGAUCAAGGUGAGGACUCUAUGGAGUGUUGUGAUGUAGGAUCAAGGCUGAGGACUCUAUGGAGUGUUGUGAUGUAGGAUCAAGGUGAGGACUCUAUGGAUGUGUUGUGAUGUAGGAUCAAGGCUGAGGACUCUAUGGAUGUGUUGUGAUGUAGGAUCAAGGCUGAUGACUCUAUGGAUGUGUUGUGAUGUAGGAUCAAGGCUGAGGACUCUAUGGAUGUGGGUGUUAUCAUGCUGUUCUAUGGUCUUUACUAUGGAGUGAUGGGACGGGACUUUGCUGAGAUCUGCUCCGACUACAUGGCCUCAACUAUAGGGGUGAGUACUAUACACAUACAGUACUAUACACAUACAGUACUAUACACAUACAGUACUAUACAAUACAGUACUAUACACAUCCCAGUACUAUACACAUACAGUACUAUACACAUACAGUAUUAUACACAUACAGUACUAUACACAUACAGUACUAUACACAUACAGUACUAUACACAUACAGCACUAUACACAUACAGCACUAUACACAUACAGUACUAUACACAUACAGUACUAUACACAUACAGCACUUAUACACAUACAGCACUAUAACUUUACAGUACUAUACACAUACAGUACUAUACACAUACAGCACUAUACACAUACAGCACUAUACACAUACAGUACUAUACACAUACAGUACUAUACACAUACAGUACUAUACACAUACAGUACUAUACACAUACAGUACUAUACACAUACAGCCUACAACAGCAUAUACACAUUACAGUACUAUACACAUACAGUACUAUACACAUACAGUACUAUAACAUACAGCAUAACACAUACAGCACUAUACACCUACAGUACUAUACACAUACAGUAACUUUUACAAUACAUACUAUUACACUACAGUACUUACACAUAAGCACUAACACUCAGUAUAUACACAUACAGUAAUUACACAUACAGUACUAUAACAUGCAGUAUAUAACAUACAGUAUAUGUUGCUGUUGUGUACUACUAUUAGUUGGGUGGGCAAACUUUUGGCCCCGGGACCAAUGGGGUUUUUAAAAUCAACGGAGAAAGCAGUUAUUUGAAAAUUUUAAAUAGAUUAAUUUCUACUACGUUACUAUCUGGGUUUAGGCGUUCAAGAGUGGCCUGGAGUGUUUAAAAAAAAAAAUAUAUAUAUAUAUAUGUUUUACUCAAACGUCCUGCGGGCCGUAGUUUACCCACUAAUUAUAUAUUAUGUUGUUGUUGUUGCAGUACUAUAACAUGUUGUUGUUGUUGUUGUUGUUUCAGUUCUAUAACAUGUUGUUGUUGUUGUUGUGCAGUACUAUAACAUGUGUUGUUGUUGUUGUUGCAGUACUGUAAUGUUGUGUUGUUGUUGUUGCAGUACUAUAACAUGUUGUUGUUGUUGCAGUACUGUAACAUGUUGUUGUUGUUGUUGUUGCAGUACUGUAACAUGUUGUUGUUGUUGUUUCAGUUCUAUAACAUGUUGUUGUUGUUGUUGUUGCAGUACUAUAACAUGUUGUUGUGUUGUUGCAAGUACUGUAACAUGUUGUUGUUGUGCAGUACUGUAACAUGUUGUUGUUGUUGCAGAGUACUGUAACAUGUUGUUGUUGUUGUUGUUUUUCAGUUCAUAACAUGUUGUGUUGUUUCAGACUAUAACAUGUUGUUGUGUGUUUCAGUUCUAUAACAUGUUUGUUGUUGUUUCAGUUCUAUAACAUGUGGUUGUGUUGUUGUUCAGUUCUAUCACCAUGUUGUUUGUUGUUGUGUUGGUUCAGUUCUAUAACAUGUUGUUGUUGUUGUUGUUGUUUCAGUUCUAUAACAUGUUGUUGUUGUUUCAGUACUAUAACAUGUGUUGUUGUUGUUGUUUCAGUACUAUAACAUGUUGUUGUUGUUGUUGUUUCAGUUCUAUAACAUGUUGUUGUUGUUUCAGUACUAUAACAUGUUGUUGUUGUUGUUGUUGCAGUACUGUAACAUGUUGUUGUUGUUGUUUCAGUUCUAUAACAUGUUGUUGUUGUUGUUGCAGUACUAUAACAUGUGUUGUUGUUGUUGCAGUACUGUAACAUGUUGUUGUUGUUGCAGUACUGUAACAUGUUGUUGUUGUUGUUGUUUCAGUUCUAUAACAUGUUGUUGUUGUUUCAGUACUAUAACAUGUUGUUGUUGUUGUUGUUUCAGUUCUAUAACAUGUUGUUGUUGUUGUUUCAGUUCUAUAACAUGUUGUUGUUGUUGUUGUUUCAGUUCUAUAACAUGUUGUUGUUUGUUUCAGUUCUAUAACAUGUUGUUGUUGUUGUUGUUGUUUCAGUUCUAUAACAUGUUGUGUGUUGUUGUUGUUUCAGUUCUAUAACAUGUUGUUGUUGUUGUUGUUUCAGUACUAUAACAUGUUGUUGUUGUUGUUGUUUCAGUUCUAUAACAUGUUGUUGUUGUUUCAGUACUAUAACAUGUUGUUGUUGUUGUGUUGUUUCAGUUCUAUAACAUUUUUGUUGUUGUUGUUUCAGUUCUAUAACAUGUUGUUGUUGUUGUUGUUUCAGUUCUAUAACAUGUUUGUUUUGUUGUUGUUUCAGUUCUAUAACAUGUUGUUUUUUGUUUUUUCAGUACUGUAACAUGAUGUUGUUGUUGCAGUACUUUUAACAUGUUGUUUUUGUUUCAGUUCUAAAAAACAUGUUGUUUUUUUUGCAGUACUGAACAUGUGGUUGGGGUUUGUUGUUUCAGUUCUAUACAUGUUGUUUUUGUUGCAGUACUGUAACAUUUUGUGUUGUUUCAGUUCUUAAAUGUUGUUGUUGUUUCAGUACUAUAACAUGUUGUUGUUGUUGUUUUUUCAGACUAUAACAUUGUUGUUGUUGUUGUUUUCAGUUCUAUAACAUUUUUGUUUUUGUUUCAGUACUAUAACAUGUUGUUGUUGUUGUUGUUUCAGUUUCUAUACAUGUUGUUUUUGUUUUUUCAGUUCUAUAACAUGUUGUUGUGUUGUUUUUUCAGUUCUAUAACAUGUUGUUUUUGGGUUGUUGUUUCAGUUCAAACAUGUUGUUGUUGUUGUUGUUGUUUCAGUUCUAUAAAUGUUGUUGUUGUUGUUGUUUCAGUACUAAACAUGUUGUUGUUUUUGUUGCAUUUUCUAUAACAUGUUGUUGUUGUUGUUUUUGGGCAGUCUAAACAUGUUGUUUUUUGUUGUGCAGUACGUAACAUGUUUUUGUUGUUGCAGUUCUAUAACUGUUGUUGUUGUUGUUGUUGCAUUUCUAUAACAUGUUGUUGUGUUUCAGUUCUAUAACAUGUUUUUGGUGUUUUUGUUUCAGUUCUAUAACAUGUGUUGUUGUUUCAGUUCUAAAACAUGUUGUUGUUGUUUCCAGUUCGAUAAACAUGUUGUUGUUGUUGUGUUUCAGUUCUAUAACAUGUUGUUGUUGUUGUUGUUUCAGUUCUAUAACAUGUUGUUGUUGUUGUUGUUUCAGUUCUAUAACAUGUGUUGUUGUUGUUGUUUCAGUUCUAUAACAUGUUGUUGUUGUUGUUGUUUCAGUUCUAUAACAUGUUGUUGUUGUUUCAGUACUAUAACAUGUUGUUGUUGUUGUUGUUGUUGUUUCAGUUCUAUAACAUGUUGUUGUUGUUGUUGUUUCAGUUCUAUAACAUGUUGUUGUUGCAGUACUGUAACAUGUUGUUGUUGUUGUUGCAGUACUAUAACAUGUUGUUGUUGUUGUUGUUUCAGUUCUAUAACAUGUUGUUGUUGUUGCAGUACUGUAACAUGUUGUUGUUGUUGUUGUUGCAGUACUGUAACAUGGGAGGAAUGCCCUCAAGGAGCCUGACAGAUGAUAUCUGUGCGGUGUGCGGCCAGAAGAUCCUGGUAGACGUGGAUGAGGAGGGGAUUCUAGAAGAUACCUUCCAGCUCUCCUGUAACCACAUGUAUCCUAUCCUCACGGCUUGGCCGGUAUAACAUGCAGACCAUUUACUGGGCUAUUAUAUUAUAUUAUAUUAUUAUUAUAUUUGGAAAAAGCCACGGGAUGGUUUUUCAAUACUGUCAAUACCGUUGAAACUCAUUCUUUUGAAGAUUUUUAACAAAUGUAAUAUUUGUAGCUACUUUUUGCAGUCGACUUGUGCAAUAUGUUAGGAGAUAAAGCAGAUUGGCGUUCUUCAUUUCACCCGUAACAUUAUUUUACAUUAUGAAGCUUACAGUAGAUCCCCAGAACAGUUGAGCCAGUCACUUGUUUGUUUGUAAAUAGCACAACGGGAGCUGGUGAGUCCAUAGCGUUCUAUAUCAAUUGGUGAGUCUCUGUUGUGCAGUCCACAUGAGGUGAUGAAGUUACACUUGUAUGUAAUUUACCACUAAAUGUUUGCCAUCAGAUAUCUUAUAACGGCUUUCUGCCAGAAGUCAAAGAGCUCUGGAUGAGUUAUCUGUACAGCGGCCAUUUUGUCCCCGUGCUUCCUGCUGGCGUUUUGUUUCUCCUCUGUUCUUCUCCCCUCUGCUCCGUGAUCACAUGCUGCUCUUCCUUCAGAAAAGCAUGCAUCACAACUUUGUUCAUUUGCACAAUUUCUCUCAUUCACGUUCACAGCGAAAAUGACAUUCGGUAGCUGCUAGCUAUGCUUGUAUAACUUUAUGGGCUGGAUUUGCCCUGUAUUUGCUAUUUAGUUUAUGUUCGCUUUCGCUCGUUAGCAUUUAGCUAAUAGCGUCUAUGUGAUUUCGCUAUUAGUCUGUGCUAAUUGUGUUAGCAUUCUGGUAAUUUGCGUUUCUAGCGCCCCCCUGUGUGCUAUGCCGGUAAUACCGUGGAUACCGCCCAAGCCUACUAUCCUCACUGCACUGUGUGAGUUAUAGAAGAUAUCUACCAGCUCUCCUAUCCUGUAUGUGUGCACUUGUUAAUGCAAUCUGGCACUCUCUAUACUCCUCUCGCUCUCUCUUCUCUAUACCCCCCCCCCCCCUCUCUCUCGCUUCUUCUCUCUUAUCUCUGUUCUCGCUCAAUCCCUACUAUACUCCCUCUCUCUCUUUCCACUCUUCUUUCUCUACUUCUCUCUCUCCUAUCCCUCCCCUCUCGCCCUCUCUCUCUCUCUCUCUCUCUCUCUCUAAAUGGCACUGUAUUCCCUAUAUAGUGCACUACUGGAGAGGAGGCGAGCGGAAGUGAGAUUUUGGGAGCGAGAGAGAGGACUGAGAGGAGAGAGAGGGAGAGAGAGGGAGGGGAGAGAGAGAGGAGAGGAGAGUGAUUAGCAGCAAGACUAAAUAUAACCCACAAUCACUAAUGUAGCUAUCCGGUAUACAACUGAGCAGUAUUGGGGUCAAUUCAGAAAGUAAACCAAAUUCUCAUGAAAGACAAUUGGAAUGUCAGUUUACUUCCUGAAUUUACUCUAGGUUGAAGAUGACAAAGGUUAAGACAACAUAAUAAUUCCAUGCAAAAGCGUUUGAAAGUAAACAAAUGCAUUGGACCAGCGCCGGAGCGAAAAUGACUGGAAGUGAAUGUUAGCAGUACAGAAAGUUUGCCAUGAAAGUGGAAAAGAAACACAAAUCGUAGAGAUUUUUUGUUAACUUCUCAGAAAACUCAUAUCGUAAGUGUUUUACGGUCAUUUUAAAUGUUUUUCUAGUUAUCUACAACCACUUUAAUAAUAAUAAUAAUAAUAUGCCAUUUAGCAGACGCUUUUAUCCAAAGCGACUUACAGUCAUGCGUGCAUACAUUUUUGUGUAUGGGUGGUCCCGGGGAUCGAACCCACUACCUUAAUGUGUUCCCGACCGCUGGCCACGUUUUCAAUACUAAUCCUGUAGAAUCAGCCACUGCGCUGGUCCAAUUAAUGUGUUUAUUUUCAGCCGCAUGGAAUUAUUAUUGUUGUCUUAACUUGUAUUUUUCUACCUGGAAUUUACUGGAAUUGAUCCCAACCCUGCAACUGAGGAUGCUCAGCGAGUGUUAGCAUGGCGGCUAACUGUCCCAUGAUUUCCCAUGGGAAAUGCUAAUUAUUUAACGUUGGCUCUGGUUGUUGUUGCGGUACUAUAACUUGGGUUGUUGUGGAUUCUUUAACGCUGGCUCCGCCUUCAGAUUCCAUGAGUUCUGUAUCCGUGGCUGGUGCAUUGUGGGUAAGAAGCAGACGUGUCCGUACUGCAACGAGAAGGUCGACUUGAAGAGGAUGAUGAACAAU